ACUUGUUGGCGGCAUGGGCCUGUGAGAUUCCUUGCACAUCUAUUUAUAUCCCCACAUUAUUAGGAUUCUGUAAUAAACUUUCUCUCUUCCAAAUCCCUUGAGUUUCUCACUCAUCCUAUUUUCAUGGAAAAACAGACAGAAAACAUCAGAUACGAUGAGGAGUUCAUAUUGAAUCCCAGAGGAUUAAAGCUAUUCACAUGCAGAUGGAUUCCUCUGAACCAAGAACCAAUAGCUUUGAUCUUUAUCUGCCAUGGCUACGCCAUGGAGUGCAGCAUCACCAUGAACAGCACGGCAAAUCGUCUAGCAAAGGAAGGAUUUGCAGUUUAUGGAAUAGAUUAUGAAGGGCAUGGAAAAUCUUCAGGAUUACAAGGCUAUGUUGAUAAUAUGGAUAAUGUUAUAGAUGAUUGCACUAUGCAUUUCACUAGCAUAUGUGAGAAGGAAGAGAAUAGAAAGAAGAUGAGAUAUUUGCUAGGAGAAUCCAUGGGAGGAGCAGUGGCUAUGCUUAUGCAUAGGAAAAAACCAGAGUUUUGGGAUGGUGCAGUGUUGGUGGCGCCCAUGUGUAAGAUUGCUGAUGAUUUGAGACCACAUCCAGUAGUAAUCAAUGUUCUAACAAAGCUUAGCAGUUUCAUUCCAACUUGGAAAAUAAUCCCUUCCAAGGAUAUUAUUGAUCUUGCUUUUAAAGUCCCUCAAGUAAGACAAGAGGUUAGAUCAAACCCAUAUUGCUACAAAGGCAGGCCAAGGUUGAAAACUGGAUAUGAACUUUAUAGAACAACUCUGCAAAUGGAACAAAAGCUUGAAGAGGUUUCAUUUCCAUUUCUGGUUCUCCAUGGCGAAGACGACAAGGUGACUGAUAAAUCAGUUAGCAAACAGCUCCACAGAGAAGCUUCAAGCACAGACAAGACCAUCAAGCUAUACCCAGGAAUGUGGCAUGGUUUGCUUUAUGGGGAGCCAUUAGAAAACAUUGAGAUUGUUUUCAAGGACAUUAUAGAAUGGCUAAGGGAAAGAGCAAGCCUUGGAAAUACAAGGUUGGAGAGAGAGCUAAAACAUAGAAAUGAUGAUUUAUCAAAGUAUGCAUAAGGAAUAAAUAUAAGUUUGUUGCUAAGCAAGAAUCAUUAUUGGGAUAAAAAGAUGGAAAUGGAGAAGGCAAAGGGAUUUAACUUUUAAGGGUUUUCUGGAGAAGUCGCAGGUUGAUCCCAGAAGUUUGGAAUUGACAUUAAAUGGUGUGGUAGGAUGCUUUUCCCAAAUUCUAGUCUCAAGUAGGCCAGUGUGUAUCAUCAAAUAGCCAACGCUCCACAGUAUUCACCUGUAGAGCUCAUACCAGUGUUGAUAGCUUAUAUUUUAUAAGCAAAUUAUUAGAUAAUACUUCUAAUAUAUGUAAUUUCAUAAAUUAAAAAUUUUUCAAUAUCCAAA